CUGUCUGCAGUGAACGCCUCACAGCCUCGGUCCAGCUGUCUGCUCGGCGGUGAGACGUUUAAUUUCACUUCUUCUGAGCGCCAAACUUUGUUUUCCAGCCGGCUGGGGGAACUUUAACGUUUUUAGGUGAAGCGAAACACCUUGGCGUCUGAGAGAAGUUACAAGGAAAUGGAUUAAUUCCUACAGGACGAUGUGGAGAUGAGGCGGAGAAAGUUUCAGGUUUCAUCUACUAAUUAAAGAGGUGGUUGCUAAGAGAUGACAAUCGGUGACAUUGCUGAAAGCCUCGGUUCCACAGCAGCCUGAAGCUGCGCUUCCUGCAGCCCUCUGUCUGCAGCCGGCUCACAGAAAACACUCGCUGACACCAUGGCAGCUUUCACUUCGCCCUGUCCUGACAUCAGCGCGGCCCGGACAACGCUCCAAGCACGAGGAGGCAGCGGCCAAACGAGUGCAGAGGAGGACGACUCGAGGAGGAGCCGGAGUUCAGAUGUGGGACAGAACACUAUCCUGGAGAAAACUCACGAGUUCUUCCAGAUGUGCGACACGGAGAACAAGGGAUUCAUCACCCGCCGGGACAUGCAGAGGCUGAAUGGUGAGCUUCCUCUGAGUUCAGACGAGCUGGAGAACGUUUUCGAUUCGCUCGAUUCUGAUGGAAACGGAUUCCUCACGCUGGAAGAGUUCUCCUCUGGUUUCAGUGCGUUUUUGUUUGGCCGUAGGAUUUCUGUCGAUGACAUCAUGACUGAGAAGAACCUGAGUAAAAGCAUGCCGGAGGUUCUGUACCAGUCCUGGUGGAAGGAGGGUCCAGACGCGGCUGAGGAUGACGAGGAAAAGCACUUUGCGAUGCUCAUGGAGAGCCUGGGGGCCGGCAGCCUCCUGGAACACCCUGCAGAAGUGCGCAGCCUGUGGGUCCAGCUGCGCCGCGAUGAGCCUCAACUUCUGUCAAACUUUGAGCAUUUCCUGGCCAGAGUGACGGCGCAGAUCAGAGACGCCAACCAGGAGAAGAGAGACAUGGAAAGUGCCCUCAAAAGGAAAACAGCAACACAUGACGAUGAGAUCCAGCACCUGUAUGAAGAAAUGGAGCAGCAGAUAAAAAAUGAAAAAGACAAAAUACUUCUGCAGGACUACGAUCGAUAUCUGUCCCGAAGUAAAGCCCUGGAGCUGCAGCUGUCCAGCAAGGAGAAGGAGCUGGAGCAGCUCUUCCAGAAACAGAGACGGUUGGAGUGUCAGUGUCAGGAACUCCACAGUGAACAACAUGAGACCAAAGUGGAAAACGCGAAGCUGAAGCAGACGAACGAGGAUUUGGCCCGAGAGCUGGAGCUGGUCAGUCAGGAGCUGACGCUGGCGCAGGAGCAGCUGGGUCUGCUGCAGGAGCAAUCAGCACGACUUCACGAGGAGAAGGAGAUGGAGAUCUACAGACUUAGUGAAGGACUGCAGCGAGAGCGAGCCAGUCUUCACAAACAGCUGGACCUUUUGAGAGAAAUGAACAAAAAUUUGCGGGAUGAAAGAGACAUGUCCUUUCAGAAACCGAAAGGAACCAAGAAAAGCUUGAAGCACCAAUCUUUUAUAGACGGAGUGAAGCAAGCAAACACAGAUGUGUUUAAAAGUGAGGAUGAGGAUGAGGAGGAGCCGACCUCCCCCGCCCUGAGGCAGAACCUUAACGGCUUCUACCAGCCGUCCUGCCCAGCUGAAGCAAGGAGUCGUUUCCAGAGGAUUAUCUCCAUAGAAGAAGACCACCUCCCCUAUUUACUGAACACCAGCCUGGCUCAGAACGCACUGCAGAACUGUGCUGAACUGGAGACUCAGUUGGAUGAUGAAGACGGAGUGGAUGUGAUGAGGGAACCUCACCGCAGGUCAUCGCCGAUCCCUGAGCAGCAGUCUGAGGAACGGCAGAUCCCGUCAUCUCCAAGAGGCCAGCCGGUUGGCAAGGAAACCACCAUCAAUGAGGAAAGUGUUCUCUCGGCUCCUGAUCGCCUCUUCAAGGUCAUCCUGGUGGGAAACUCCAGCGUGGGAAAAACCUCGCUCCUCCAAAGAUUCUGUGACGACCGCUUCCACCCGGGAACCUGCGCCACUGUCGGCAUAGACUACAGUGUGAAGACAAUAACUGUGGACAACAGCCAGGUGGCGCUGCAGUUGUGGGAUACAGCAGGACAGGAAAGGUAUCGCAGCAUCACCAAGCAGUUCUUUCGCAAAGCUGAUGGUGUGAUUGUGAUGUAUGAUGUAACUGCUGAGCAGAGUUUCACUGCAGUCAGACAGUGGCUGACGAGCAUCAAGGAGGGCACCGGUGGGGAAAUACCCAUCAUGCUCUUAGGAAACAAAACGGACAAAGAGGCAGAGAGGGAAGUUCAGAAGGAAGUGGGCGAAAGGCUCGCCAAGGACUGCCAGAUGACCUUCUUUGAAUGCAGUGCGUGUUCUGGAGCCAACGUGGCCGAGUCCAUGGUGCAUCUAGCCAGAAUCCUGAAGGAACAAGAAGACCAGCAGAAGGAGAAAACGGUCCAGCUGAUCAGCAGCCCCUCGAAGAGGAGAUCCUGCUGCUAAAACAGAAAACACUCAACACAACGUAGCACUACCCUUUAACCAAGUUACUAAAUGUCCUAGUUAAAUCACAUGGGCCAGUGAGAACACAGAGUAAAUAGAGGCUGAAUAAAUUAAGUACCAUUAUGAUGUUGUGGGUUAAAUGUACAACUAGCUGGAAUAUUUAGUACAUUUGUUUUAGUUGUAUAUUCACCCUAACUUGAAUAGUCCAAUUAUCUGUUCUACAUAUUUAUUUCCCUUAUGAAGAGCAUGUUGAUAUAGAUCAACAUGAGAUGUACUAAAUGUGUCUCACUUCCUCUAUAUCAUGUUUAAAAUGAUGCAUAACAGCAAAGCACCAUAAUUUAAGUAAGUUUGCAUGAAACUUUAUACCUUUAAAACUUUGGUUGUUUGAGUUUUAGCUGAUCCAAGUUCAGUGAAGUUUCUCCAUGUCUGGUUUGUGACUUUUCUUCAUCAGUGCACAGAAAUACUUUAAUUGCACAUGUUUUUGUUCCAGGUUUAACAUAUUUAAUGUCUCCUUUACUGAUUGUUGUUGAUGGGUAGAAAUUUACUUUUGAUCAAAAAUUACAGUUUAGAAUAUUUAAUUUAUUUCGUUGUAACUUUUAAGAACAGAUUGGAUCGAUUAUAGAUGCCAAGUGUUUUAUGAAAAUGUUCUGUAAUUUGUAUGUUUAAAAUUUUGUCUAAACUUUAUUUUUGUCAUUAAUGUUUCACUACUUCAAGAGUUGUUAAUUUAAUGUAUAUAUGAAAAUGUUAAUGAAGAUGUUUGUGAAAUUAAUCGGUGGACUGCGGCUCACUAUGUCAUAAAACAAACUAGAUUUACGUUACAAAGUGAAUAAGUUUAUUCCAGCGUCGGGUCACAUGACAAAAUCCAAAACAUAAAUGGCAAAAGUUCAGUUGACAAACCAGGUUAUUGGUAUAACCCAAAAAACAGCAAAUUAGGACUCAAACUGUUUCUUUUCAUGCCAGUUUUCCCAUAUGAAUCACUUCAUAUAGUUCACCAUAAUCCUUCCCUGAUCCAUUUAGCAUGUUAACCUUUUUAAAAUAUAAACACUUUUUAAAAGCUGUAAUUUGACAGAUUAUUUAAUUUCUGUAGCAGAGCCUGGAUAAAACAGGGAGGCUUCAGUUUCCCAUCACCUGGGCAAGAAAACACCUGGAAAACGUCUUCCUGGCUUCUCAAGGUGAUGGCGUCCUGGGUGAAGAGCCACGUAACCCAUAAAAAAAACUCACUGUCUGACAUCUGGUUGACCAAGCAACAACUUUCCUCUUUCAAAUAAUUUAGAUCAACCGAUUAAUUAAAUGAAAAAGCUUGUUGAAAUCUUGGCAAUGACCUUAAGAGCUGAGGUGAAAUGCAGAUUAGGAUUUGUGAAAUACUACAAAUGGUUUAGAUUUUUUCUUUUUUCCUUUUUUUUGUUGCAUCGCGUCAAAAUAUUGGUUGUUUUAACUGAAGCUAAUUCUAAACAAGGAAAUAAAAUCAAAUCAAAGUUUAA